AUGGACUUCACCUUCCACCCAGGCGUCAACGGCUCAGACCCCUGGGUCGAAUUCUACCCCUACAACCCCUCGCUCACAGCGGGAUACGCCUUCAUGGCCAUAUUUGGCCUCGCAACGCUCGCACACAUCGUGCUCAUGCUCGUAUAUAAGGCAGCAUACUUCAUCCCCUUCGUCCUCGGCGGAAUAUGCGAAACAUUUGGCUACUACGGCCGCGCACGCUCUCACAACGCCAGAACCGAGAUCGGCCCCUGGGCCCAACAGCAGAUGCUCCUCCUCUGCGCGCCGCCACUCCUAGCCGCUAGCGUGUACAUGACGUUGUCGCGGAUAAUCACCGCCCUAGGCGCCGAGCACCACUCGCCAAUCCGUCCGAAAUGGCUGACCGUGCUAUUCGUGCUGAACGACAUCAUCUGCCUGUUGACGCAACUCGUUGGCGCCGGGUUACAAGUCACUGGCGACGCGCAGAUCAUUGAUAUCGGUAUUAAGGCGGUCCUCGCGGGCUUGGUGUUUACGCUUGUGGUCUUUGUCGGGUUUGUGCUUGUUGCUGUGAAGGUUCAUCGGAGGGUUGCGGCGCACCCGACCCGGGUUUCUGUUGAGUUUGAUGGGAAGGGUGCUGGGUGGAGGGGGUAUAUGUGGUGUCUCUAUGUGGUGUGUGGGUGUAUGAUUGUUAGGAAUUUGGUAAGGACGGUGGAGUUUGGUGCGCCCAAGGGGGCGGAUGUGCGUAGGCGCGAGGGGUAUAUUUAUGUUUUUGAUGGGGCGUUGAUGGCUGUUCUUAUGGGGGUUUGGAUUAUCUGGCAUCCGGGGAGGUUGGUGAAGAGGGCUAGGAGUGUGAAGAGAGGGGUUGAUGGGAAUUUGGAGCUUUUGGGUAAUAAAUAG